AAUCCGCUAACAUAUAGUCUAAAUUACUGUGUGGUGUAAGUUUUUUAUAUUUUCAAAAUGGCGACAAUACUGCGGAACGUUCAUCGAUGCAGACGAACAAUUGGUUGUCUGGCUGCACAAUACCAAGCCAGAUGUAUAUCACAGUUUCCAGAGUCCAGUUUUCCAAAAAUAACAACACACUACACGGUUAACCCAAGAGAACAGGACCCAAGAUGGAAAGAUGUGAACAUGGAGCGUUUUGCUGACCAGGCAGAUGUAGUGAUAGUUGGUGGCGGGCCAGCUGGUCUCAGUGCUGCAUGUCGGCUCAAGCAGUUGGCCAAUGAGCAGGGUCGAGAAAUGAGGGUCUGUGUUGUGGAGAAAGCUGCGGAAUUAGGAGGCCACAUUUUAUCAGGGGCUGUACUGGAAACCAAGGCUUUAGAUGAAUUGUUCCCAGACUGGAAGGAAAAAGGGGCCCCAGUGACAACAAAAGUAACCAAAGACUCCUUUAGGUUUCUUACCAAGUCUGGCAGUAUUCCAAUACCAAUGGUGCCUGGUCACCCUAUGAAUAACCAUGGCAACUACAUUGUUCGACUUGGCAACUUUGUACGAUGGCUGGGCAAGCAGGCAGAGGAGCUGGGGGUGGAGCUGUACCCAGGCUAUGCAGCUAGUGAGAUCUUGUAUAAUGAAGAUGGAAGUGUUAAAGGCAUAGCUACAAAUGACGUUGGCAUUCAUAAGGAUGGGUCUCCAAAGGAAACAUUUGAGCGAGGAAUGGAGUUGCAUGCUAAGAUGACGAUAUUUGGUGAGGGUUGCCAUGGACACCUUACCAAGCAGCUGUACAAGACGUUCAACAUGCGCGAGAACUGCCAGCCCAUGACAUACGGUAUAGGAGUGAAAGAACUGUGGGAGAUAGACCCAGCUAAACACCAGCCUGGAUAUGUCAUGCACACUGUUGGCUGGCCAACGGACAUGCACACCUAUGGCGGCAGUUUCAUGUACCAUCUCGAUGAAGGACCACUUGUUGCCAUAGGGUUUGUGCUAGGUCUGGACUACAAGAACCCCUACUUGAGCCCUUUUCAAGAGCUGCAGCGCUGGAAGACCCACCCUGCUGUCAUAGAUACGUUCAAGGGAGGCAGGAGGAUUGGCUACGGGGCCAGGGCUCUCAAUGAAGGGGGCAUCCAGUGCAUUCCAGACCUCACCUUCCCAGGAGGGUGUGUGAUAGGAUGUUCAGCAGGCUUCCUCAACGUGCCCAAGGUGAAGGGCACCCACCUGGCCAUGAAGAGCGGGAUGCUCGCAGCAGAGUCUGUGUACGAGAAACUCAGUGAGGAGACCACAGAUACCAGUCUUGCAGCAAAGAAGCCAACCAAGUAUGAGGAAAGAUUGAAAGACAGCUGGGUGUGGAAAGAGUUAUACAGUGUGAGAAAUGUGCGACCAUCCUUCCACAAUCCCUUGGGCUUAUAUGGGGGUGUCAUGUACACAGCGUUCUUCUAUAUAUUAUGCAGGGGCAAGGAGCCUUGGACCCUCAAACACAAAGGUAUGGAUAACACCCACUUAAAACGGGCUUCAGAAUGCACGCCCAUAGAAUACCCAAAGCCUGACGGUGUGAUCACCUUUGACCUCCUGUCAUCUGUGGCCCUCACAGGGACCAACCACGACCAUGAUCAGCCCCCUCACCUCACGCUGAUCGACGAUACGGUGCCUGUAAAAAACAACCUUGCCCUCUAUGAUGGGCCUGAGGGCAGGUUUUGUCCGGCAGGUGUAUAUGAAUAUGUGGACACAGAGGAUGGCUUGGGAAAGAAGCUCCAGAUCAAUGCUCAGAACUGCAUCCACUGUAAAACCUGUGAUAUCAAAGACAUAACUCAGAACAUCAACUGGGUUAGCCCUCAAGGAGGGGAGGGGCCAGCUUAUAAUGGCAUGUGAUCAAUGUGUUGUAUGGUGAGGUGCUCACAAAUGUUUGUUAAGUUUUUUUCUCGACUUAACAUUAAAUGACUGCAGGCUGAUAUCAGUGGAGAUGAGAUAUGCAUGUAAAAAUGUCAAGAGGCAAUGGCCAUUAAUAUUUAUGCAUUUUCAUUGAUUUAAUCAGUUAAUGUAUGGGAGCAAUGAAGAUGACUUGUCUGUCAUUAUUAGGAACUGCUUUUAAAAGAUAAAACCAUUCAACAUUUAGAAUGAUGUAAUCAAUGUGUGCUUUCAAAUAAUUAAUAAAAAAUAACAAUAAUUAAACAUAAAAAAAUUAAAUUAAAGAUACUUAACUUUAAGGGUUAACCAUGAAUAUAUUGUACACUCUGGACAAAGUGUUAUGCAGACUAUGUACACAUGGAGUUACCUCAUUUGAUAAGUAGUAGCAUGGCGAGUAAUGUUUUUGCAGCAUGGUGAAAAUAACAGAAGUAGGUUUUCAAUUCUGUGAACGAAUGGAGUAAUUGGUUGAGAAAAAUGUAUAAUUUUAUACGGGUACAAAAUGGGUGAUGGUACAUCAUUAUGACAAAAAUAAUGUUAUAGGAACAGAGAUUGUGUGUUUUGUUUAUUUAUGUUACUGAACAAAUAUUAGUACUAUAUUCUAUUGUGUUGCAGGUAUGAAGUGGUAUAUAGUAUUUUGUACAUAUAUAUCACCUAUUGCAUGUUUGUUUAAAAUGUUGUUAAGAACUCUCCUGGAUGCAAAUGUAAAGUAUGAUAUCAUUUAAAGCUGAAAAAAAUGUACAUUGUUUUGUGAUUGCAACUGCCUUUACUGUUAAUCAGUUGUUCGCAUUUUUUUCCAAAAGGAAAUUUAUUAAAUGCAUAUACAUGGGUUUU